ACCCACACAUUCCCCCAUGGCUAUUACAUAUUCCAUAUAAAAUGCCGAAAUUGAAUUCAUCUCAUUUUGCAGAUUGUAGAACACUUGGAAUACUUCGGGAACUAUCCAUAGAACGGAGUAACAAUGAAAACCUUUAUUGCAAUAAUCGUGACAACACUGGUUGCUAUGGUAACAAUAGAGAUGGCCGGGGUUCAAGGUCAAAGUUAUCAUUUUAGCAACGGAUGGAAUCCAGGAAAACGAUCAAUGCAAGAACCAGCAAUGUGCCAUUUUAGACCGGAAGUCCAAACAUUAGUAUUUAAAUUAAUUGAGGAAGAAAUACAACGGGUCUUGUCCGAAACAAGCUGCAUUGCAGGAUCCCGAACACUUAGGACUUUAUUGAAGAAGAACAUAGCUUACGACGUUCCACUUGACGACAAAUUAUAAAGACAUGGUGUAUAAAGAAUGUUUUGUAUGUGUCGGCCGUUAAAGGAAUACAACAACAACCACCAACAGAAACAACAACAACAAUAACUAAUAUUAAAUGUUAUUUAACCAGUCGUAUUAAGCUGGACCCACAACGGUUGACGGUUGUAUAAAUUCCACAAAAUGUAAUAUUUUAGGCAAACCUCCGUUGUUGACAUUUUGACCAUUUUUAUAGGAUCCGAAAGCUGAAAUACAUUCAACAUCAUUUAAAAUAUCACACAAGAAGAGGUGUAUUACAAAUAUAAUAAUUGAAACGAAGUGACACCGAGAAAGUCACGGGUAGGUCUUGUUCAAUGCGUGUAGACUUUAAUAUAUACUGUUAUGUAUGUUUGAUACAUUUGUUAUGCGCUUGACACUUGUCUUCAGAAAAAUUAUACAUUGUUUAACUCAGCAUGUAGUUCGC